AUGUCAGAAGAGGCAGACGAUUCAAUGGCUUCUGCUCAAGGGCAACGAGAGAGUUCCGAAAUCUUGUUGCGCCAAAUUCUCAAUGUGCUAAAGCAAUCAACCAUCGCUAAGAAACUACUCUCAUUGGAUGACUGGAAUGGCUUCUGGGAUGUAUAUGAUCAGGAAGCAGAAGAGUUUGACAAAUCAUUCGUUCAGAAGUAUGCUUCGGAUUUGGACAAUAGUCUAAUUUUCGCAGGUCUUUUUUCAGCCGUCAAUAGCGCUUUCUUGGGGGCGAUGCUCUUUAACCUGAGCCCCGUUCCCAGCGACACGACAAAUGCCUUAUUAAUGAUGAUAUACCAUCAACUCAAUCACACCACGUUCCCAGGGCAAGUCCUGAGUCUUCCCUCGUGGGAUGGCCCCCUUUGGAUUACCGUCUGGACACAGACCCUCUUUGUGACAUCUUAAAUCUCGUGCGUUCAUUUAUGUGACAAUGCCCACACAGAUCUGCGCAUUUCGAACAGCUUCACGCAAUGUCAGGACUAGGUUGACUACACGCAUUCCCACUGUAUCCAUACCAUCAUUUUUACAUUUGCC